UCUUAAAAACCUAGGGCGUCUGUUUUCAUUUUUGUUGGACGCAAGGCGGUGCUAAAAUUAUUUCUCUUAGACAUAGUAUAGCAAGCUGAUGCCAUUUGUAAACGUGGUCCAAUUUCUGUUAGAUGAAAGUAUUAUAUAAUUUUACUGUUACUGUGAGUUUAGUUAGAUUUAUGCAUUCGACAACGACCCGGAAGUGAUUGUGAAUCCACGUGGGUCACCAGAGCGCAAUGUGUAUAUUGUAUAUUGUAUACAUUCCCAGCUAACGUUCAGGGGAUGUUUGGAUUUUUGGUUCCAGAAACGUUAUUAAAACAGAUCUUAUUUGGUUCUCCUUCGGUUUUGAUGAGAGUUUAUGGACAUAUAACAUACGGAAAUGUAAUGUAUUUCCACAUUGUGGUAGAGAGGACGUUUUGUUAACGUUCCCAUAACCUUUAACUAUGUUUGCAGUAACCAGUGAUGGUUCGGAGAACGUUUUCCAAACGUUCAGACAUGCUCACACUACUUCCCAAACUUCUUCGCCACAUAAAGCCUCAAUCGCUUCAACUCAUCAGGACUUCCUGUUCACAGAGGACUUUACCUAUUUUAACUCUCUUCACAAAGGAUCCAUGUCCCUUGUGUGAUGAAGCAAAAGAAAUGCUUGAACCAUAUAAACACAGGUUUAUAUUGCAGGAGGUGGACAUUACUCUUCCUGAGAACAGUGUGUGGUAUGACAGAUACAAGUACAACAUCCCAGUGUUUCAUCUGAAUGGACAGUUUUUGAUGAUGCAUCGUGUGAACACAGCAGUCCUGGAAAAGCGGCUGGCCAAAUCAGAGAAAGAACCAGUUUAAUUAUGCUCAAAUAUUACAAAAACCUGUAAUAUACUGCAAAGUUUUCAGUGAGAAGUAACUGUUUUGCCUCAUUUUUUGUGCUUGUUUGGUAGAGUUUCGUGGGGUUUUUUGGUCAUUAAAUAUAUCAUCAUGAUCAUUAUUAUUAUUAUUAUUAAAUAUAUUAUUAAAUAUGUAUGGAAAAUAAAUAUUGAGCUGUAGGUACUAGUGAAGGAUAUGGAAUACCACUACUGUAAUCAAAUAAUUGUUAUCUUAAUGGAUUAGGAACUUGACCCAGGAUUAACCAAGAUGUUGAUAUGGAAGUAACCAAAAGUGGACUUAGUGAUUUGUUACAAAUCUUUGGACUGCCAUUAUAUAAAAAGAUUUUUCAGACUACAAGACACAAAAUCUGCUGUUUCAGAAAAAGUACAAAUAAAUCAUUAAAAAAAAACAGAAUUAGUAAAUGGACAGAACAUACAGAGAGGUCCAAAAGUCUGAGAGCACUAGUGAAAAUGUUUCUAUUUUUCAUUCUUUUCUUAUUUAAUACAUUUAUUUAUUACAAAUUAUAUUAUCAACAACAACUUGAGUGAAAAAUGGAAUCUUUGAACUAUUUGCAUGAAUUUCAGUGCUUAGUAUGUGGUAUGUCCCCUUUUUGCUUUAAUGAUACGUUUUUGCACAUUUGUGCAAAACCUUAUGAUCCACUUUAGAUCAAAUCCAUCAGAUUGUCUUCUGAACACCUGUUUCAAUAGAAGAGAUUACGCAGGAGGAAAAUCUGACCUUUCAUAUAGAAAUAGUGCAGAGCCUUUAAUAUUAAAUAUUUGCGAUAUUAAACAUUUAUUUUCUUUACUUUAAACAUUUCAAAAUUCUAAAACCUUCUGUUUUACUUCAAAUUUUAAAUGAAAAAAAAAACAAACAGAUUUUUAAUGUGGUCUCAGACCUUUAGACCCCACUGUAUCUUUGAAAACUUUAGUCUGGUUUAAUUCAUCAUAUUUAUACAAGGUAUAUUAAACUUGAAAGAUUUUGAUAUUUGA